AAAAUAAGCCCGUUGAGACGCGUGUUGAGCGAAAGCGAGCUGCUAACGGCUGCUAAGCUAAGCUAAGCUAAGCUAACAGCUGGUCAGGGAGUGUCCCGCUGCGCGACGGCACCAAACCUCAGCCAGGUUUAAUCUCCAGCUGCUGAAACGGGCUUUGGACGUUGUGACAGACGUCUAAGGAGCUGCUGCGGUUCUGGAGUCUCUGGGUCCGGACACCCAGCGAUGGUGGGACGGGCAGAACCACGGCUCGUUUGAAUGAAUUAGUGGAAAACCUGCGAAUUCUUCACGCGGUUUGGUUGAAACUGUGAAAGCGGCCGCGCACGCGCUGGGUUCCGUCCGCACAUGAUGAUGGAUAAAUAGAAUAAAAGGAGUGAUCGGUGGAUGUGGACGCAGCAGGCGGCACCAGACCACCAGCAGCGGCAGCAGCAGGAUGAGCUCGGACGGCGGCGGGCGGCCCGUCAGGGUGGGCUCCCUGGUGGAGGUGAUCGGCAAGGGGCAGCGCGGCACCGUGGCCUACAUCGGCACCACGCUGUUCGCCUCCGGGAAGUGGGUGGGCGUGAUCCUGGACGAGGCCAAGGGCAAGAACGACGGCACCGUGCAGGGCAAGCGCUACUUCACCUGCGACGACGGUCAUGGGAUCUUUGUGAGGCAGUCGCAGAUCCAGCUCGUUGACGAUGGAGCCGACACCACGUCUCCUGAGACACCUGAGCCCGGCACCGGCAGGAUUCCCAAACGAGAGAUCCUGGAGACGCCUCGGUCCAGUAAACUGCGAGGACUGAAGCCUAAAAAGGUGGUGCAUGUUUCUCUAACCUCGACUCCUGCGCCCCGGAAGACCACGGCCAGAAGGCCCAAGAGUAAUUCCACCUCUCCUGACUUCCUUCAGCAGCCCAGUCGCCCCGCAGGCGCCGGAGGGAAGGGGGCCGCGUCCGGCUCGGCCUCGGCCUCGGCCGGAGAGAUGAGCAGCAGCGAGCCCAGCACCCCGGCCCAGACGCCGCUGGCCGCGCCGGUCAUCCCCACCCUCCACUCCCCCGGGAACCCGCCCGCCCCCACCCCCGCCCCCAGCAAGGAGGACGUCGCUAUGGAAACGCAGGAAGAGGAAGCUCUCCGUGCUCAGGUGAAGGACUUAGAGGAGAAGCUGGAGACGAUAAAGAUGAAGCGAACUGAGGACAAGGCCAAAGUGAAAGAGAUGGAAAAGCACAAGAUCCAGCUAGAGCAGCUUCAGGAGUGGAGAACCAAGAUGCAGGAGCAGCAGGCGGAGCUGCAGAAACAACUCAAAGAGGCAAAAAGGGAGGCCAAAGAAGCGCAGGAGGCCAAGGAGCGGUACAUGGAGGAGAUGUCAGAUACCGCAGACGCCAUCGAGAUGGCCACGCUGGAUAAGGAGAUGGCCGAGGAGAGGGCCGAGUCCCUGCAGCUGGAGGUCGACUCCCUGAAGGAGAAAGUGGACGAGCUCACCAUGGACCUGGAGAUCCUCAAGCACGAGAUCGAGGAGAAAGGUUCUGAUGGAGCCGCCUCCAGUUACCAUGUCAAACAGCUGGAGGAGCAGAACUCCAGACUGAAGGAAGCGCUGGUCAGGAUGCGUGAUCUGUCGGCGUCGGAGAAGCAGGAACACGUGAAGUUGCAGAAGCAGAUGGAGAAGAAGAACGUGGAGCUGGAUUCUCUGAGGAGCCAGAAAGAAAAACUGCAGGAAGAGAUGACGGCGGGAGAGAAAACCAUCGACGAGCUGAAGGAGCAGGUGGAUGCAGCUCUCGGUGCAGAGGAGAUGGUGGAGACUCUGACAGAAAGAAACCUGGACCUGGAAGAGAAAGUCAGAGAGCUGAGAGAGACGGUCACUGACCUGGAAGCCAUCAACGAGAUGAACGAUGAGCUGCAGGAAAACGCGAGAGAGACGGAGCUGGAGCUGAGAGAGAUGCUGGAUCUGGGAGCAGCGAGAGUCCGAGAGGCCGAGAAACGAGUGGAAGCGGCUCAGGAGACGGUGGCAGAUUAUCAGCAGACCAUCAAGAAGUACCGCGAGCUCACAGCUCACCUGCAGGAGGUGAACAGGGAGCUGACCAGUCAGCAGGAGGCUUCAGCAGAGCUGCAGCAGCAGCCGCCGGCAGAGAUGUUCGACUUCAAGAUCAAGUUCGCAGAGACGAAGGCCUACGCCAAGGCCAUCGAGAUGGAGCUGAGGAAGAUGGAGGUGGGACAGGCCAACAGGCACGUGUCUCUGCUGACCUCCUUCAUGCCCGAGUCCUUCCUGCGUCACGGCGGAGACCACGACUGCAUCCUGGUGCUGCUGCUCAUCCCUCGACUCAUCUGCAAGGCCGAGCUGAUCAGCAAACAGGCCCAGGAGAAGUUUGAGCUGAACGAGACGUGUGUGGAGCGGGUGGGUCUGAGGGGGGCGGUGGGGGAGCAGCUGAGCUUCGCUGGAGGUCUGGUCUAUUCGCUGAGCCUGCUGCAGGCCACGCUGCACAAAUACGAGCAAGCUCUGGCCCAGUGCAGCGUGGACGUCUACAAGAAGGUGGGCGCUCUGUACCCGGAGAUGAGCGUCCACGAACGCUCGCUGGACUUCCUCAUCGACCUGCUGCACAAAGACCAACUGGACGAGACCGUCAACGUGGAGCCGCUCACCAAGGCCAUUAAAUACUAUCAGCACCUGUACAGCAUCCACCUGGCCGAUCAGAGCGAGGACUGCACCAUGCAGCUGGCUGAUCACAUCAGAUUUACCCAGAGUGCCUUGGACUGCAUGUCGGUGGAGGUGGGCCGCCUGCGCUCCUUCCUGCACGCUGGCCAAGAGAAGGCCGACCUGGCCGUGCUGCUCAAGGACCUGGAGACGUCCUGCAGCGACAUCCGGCAGUUCUGCAAGAAGAUUCGUCGCAGGAUGCCGGGAACAGACGCACCCGGAAUCCCCGCUGCACUGACCUUCGGCCAACCGGUGUCAGACACGCUCUCAGACUGCAGGAAACACUUGACCUGGGUGGUGGCGGUGCUGCAGGAAGUAGCCGCGGCCGGAGCUCAGAUGAUGUCACCGCUGGGUGAACAGGAGGGGCUGUCGGCCGCCAAACUGGAGGACGUGGCGUUCAAGACAGGGGAGCAGAUCUACGGCUCGCAGGGGGCCAACCCCUACGAGUGUCUGCGACAGUCAUGUGGCAUCGUCAUAGCAACUAUGAACAAGAUGGCCACCGCCAUGCAGGAGGGAGAAUACGACGCUGAGAGACCUCAGAACAAGAACCCCCCACCUGUGGAAGUACGAGCGGCAGCACUCAGAGCUGAAAUCACAGAUGCAGAGGGUCUCGGCUUGAAGCUGGAGGACAGAGAGACCGUCAUCAAAGAGCUGAAGAAGUCUCUGAAGAUCAAGGGAGAGGAGCUGAGUGAAGCCAACGUCCGUCUGAGUCUGCUGGAGAAGAAACUCGACAGUUCCUCCAAAGAUGCUGAUGAACGAGUGGAGAAGAUCCAGACCCGGUUGGACGAGGCCCAGACUCUGCUGAAGAAGAAGGAGAAGGAGUUUGAGGAGACCAUGGACGCUCUGCAGGCCGACAUCGACCAGCUGGAGUCAGAGAAGCUCGAGCUCAAACAGAGACUCAACAGUCAAACGAAGAUGGACGGUCUGAGGGGAACCGGCCCAUCAGGAAUCGCUUCCAUUGUCACAGGGACGGCUGGAGAAGAACAAAAAGCGAGCAUGAUGUCUGGCGUCGGUGCAGGUUCCGGGGUCCAGGUGAUCGACUCUCCUCUGCUGACUCAGCAGAUUGAAGCUCAGAGAGUCUGCAUCAAACAGCUGAAGAACGAGAACAACAGGCUGAAGGCAGAGAAGAUGCGCGUCCAGCUCGCCUCUCUGCCUCCUCUCCACGUGCCCAAACUUCCCUGCAGAGACGGAGGCCGUCCUGAGGUGCUCUCCAGCGCCCUCUACCGCAAGACGGACCAGCUGCUGGAGACGCUGCUGCAGAUGAGCGCCAAUGUGAAGGUGGUGGACAUUACCGGCAAAUCUCCAGUGACACCUGGUGCCCAACUCCUGGAACAAACGGCCAGACUGCAGUCCCUCAACAGCACCCUGGACCGACUGAAGGACGAGGUAGCAGAACACGUGGUCAACCAGCAGCCUGGAGCUCGGGUCUCGUCUGACUUUGCCACGUUCCCCUCGACCUCGUUUGUAAAGGUCACAGAGGAGAAGCAGGGAGACACGGUGCUGGUGGGUCGGGUCAUGGUUCCGUGUCCUCGCGGUCAGGAGCAGCUCCACCGUCUGGUUCUGUCGCACUCUCAGCUGCAGCGCGUUCACAGUCUGCUGCGGAUCUAAAGUCCACCUGCUACAGCAACGCUACUCGCUGUCGUCUGCUCGGCUUCACUCCAGGACUGAGCGCGUUAAACCAGGAGCUGCUGCUGGUUCCCUACAGCCUGAACACACUGAGGACGGAUCUUUGGUCCUGAGCUGGAACCUGCACAGCGUGGCCCAUACCACGCUGCAACGCUGAGAAUCAUGACUGUGUAAUUUAACUUGUCACUGUUAUAACUCAUUUGUUUAAAGGGAAGAGGAUUUAGAAAAUAUUUAAAAGUCAUUUAUUUGAAGUAGUGGCUGUUUUACUGUGGUUUGAUCAAAGACUAUUUGCACAUUUAACAAGUUGUGAGAACAGAACAAGGUGAGACUCAUCUGAAGCAUGUUCUGUGAAACGCUACUGAAGUUACUUAGUAUUUAUUUAAAACAGCGUAAUGGCACCUUGGUCUGAUGACGUAUGGUUUAAAUUAUUGGUAUUUAUUCCUGUAUAACUUCACAUGCCUGUAUAAACCGUUGCUGGUGAAUGGACUGUCAGCUGUUCUGAUCCUGUUGCUGUGUCCAGUUUGUCCGAGUCUUAAAGCUGCGACGCAUCACCUGCCUUACGUUCCAUUUGUUUAAAGCAAAACAACAUCUUUGCCAAAGAAUCUUUGUUUCUCACGUCUGCCAUUUGGUUCAUUAACCCGAUUAUUUUACUGUUUGCACGGCUGUAACUUGAUUUUAAAUGGAAUAACAUCUAACAUUUGUUAGUGAGCUGCUGAUGUCCUGAAUCUGCAGCUUGUUCGUCCCGUGGCUUCCUGCUCUUGCACAACCAAUAACUGAUCAAUAAAGAGGUUAAAGCCAGA